AUGCUGCUAGACAGAGGCUGUCUCGACACCACUUCUGCACUCUGCCGCGUAACACUAGCGCCGAGCUUGCUGUGGUAUCUGGCACGGGGUUUGGACAUCAGAACUUUGCCCGGCACUCCUGGGCGCCUGGAGUCGCAAGAGAUGAGGCCAGGUGAAGUAGAAUCGGCCAAGUACGUACUAACAGGCCGCCUCUUGCGAUUGCGGUCUCCAUUGCUCUCGCUUUUGCAGAGAACCCCUGUGCAUAGACGGGGCAAGAUACCAGAAAGCCAGAAGCAUGAAGAACGAAAACUCUCUGUGCAAAGCAUUGACUCUGCUCCUCGAGAUGGCGAGAUGGACGGCCAUGGCACUCAAGGCGUCGUUCAUGUAACAGCCAGUUUUAUGUUUCUUGCUGCCAGCCUCCGGAUGGACUCCCGCAUGUUCAAGGAGUAUGUAACAUAG